AUGGCUAAAAACGACUUGAAGCUUUUGGGUGGUUGGUUUAGCCCUUUUGCCCUAAGGGUUCAGAUUGCCCUUAACCUCAAGGGUGUAGAGUAUGAGGUUAUUGAAGAGACCUUGAAUCCCAAAAGUGACCUUCUUCUUAAGUCCAACCCUGUGCACAAGAAAAUCCCAGUUCUCCUCCAUGCAGAUAAAGCCAUAUGUGAAUCUGCAAUCAUAGUUGAAUACAUCGAUGAGGUUUGGUCCAAUGCCCCCUCCAUCCUUCCACAAAAUGCCUAUGAUCGAGCUAAUGCCCGAUUUUGGGUUGCUUACACUGAUGAGAAGUGGUUUACGUCCUUGAAAAGUGUUCUAGUAGCUGAUGAUGAUGAGGCAAAAAAGCCACACUAUGAGCAAGCAGAGGAAGUACUUGAGAGGUUGGAAGAAGUGUUAAGCAAGGGCAGUGAAGGGAAGGCCUUUUUUGGAGGAGACAGGAUUGGAUUCAUUGAUAUUGGUUUUGGUAGCUUUUUGAGCUGGAUGAGAGUGAUAGAGGAGAUGAAUGGAAGAAAGUUGCUUGAUGAAACCAAGCACCCAAGUUUGGUCAAAUGGGCUGAAACAUUUGCUGCUGAUCCUGCUGUGAAUGGCCUUCUACCAGAAACCGACAAGCUUAUUGAAUUUGCCAAGGUUUUAAAGCUGAAGCUAGCUGCAAAGUAA